AUGGCAGAUCAACAGCAGCACACAGCUACAGAUGAUGUUGUUGAGAUAGAGCCUUUGACCGGGCUUAACCUCAUCUCCGAUGCUACCACCAAUGUCAACAUCCCCAAGAAGUCAACUAUUUUGGCCGAGGUUGACCCAAACUCUGUGUCCAUUGUCAACGAUGACGCUCCUGUCAACACAAAUUCCAAGUCGGCUGCGGAACCCAAGACAGUGUCGAUCGCUGAGCCAAACGAGGAGGCAAGGGGCAUCGAUGAGAACCUAGAAGUAGCCUUACCAGAAGGCGAGGACCAUGAAGAAGACGACAAUAUUGACGGAACGAACAUGCAUAUGGAAGUGGGCGCGAAGAAGAAAAAGAGCAAGAAGAGAAAGCCAAAGAGCCAGAGAGGAUUAAAUAAUCCAACAGGAUUCGAGGAGUACUACGUUGAUCCUCCCAUCACACCAGUCGAGUACGAAGAAGAGAAGAGCAUGUAUGAUACGCGUAUCGAGAAAGCAAUUCAGCGUUUCUUAGCGAAGCGCAACCUUGACUCCACUCGCAAGAACCUCUUCACCAAAUACCUUAUCCACGGUGGCAUCGAAGCAGGACCAAAUAUGUUCUCAGGAGGCCUUGACACCGAAACCUUGGAAACAAUGACCGCCGCAGAAAUCGCCGAACUUCGUGCAACGACCUUCGUUAGUUCCGACAAGAACGACAUCGGCAAGUCCGAUCAUGUUGUCGACUUCGAAGGGUGUCUUGGAUCGUUUCUAUCUCACACACUUCCUGGUCAAUUCGAACUAUGCUCCGAGGAGAAGAUCAAGUACUUCGUCGGCAUCAUCCGCAACUUCUUCAAUUACCUUUUGCAUCAUGAUGUCUGUCCAGAAUAUAACGACCAGAUCUAUGCGGCACGCACUCUGUGUGAUAAGGCAGAGAAAGAGCUUUGGGCUAUCUCACAAUGCAAUGUUAUAUUUCCCGGCGACUUCAACAAAUCCUGCUCGGAGAUCUUCGGCGGCAUGUACCAGGGAAUAUGGUCGGCGAAUCAGGAAUGGCUGCAAGGCAAGGACAUAGACUAUGAAAUUGGCAUUAGUCCUCAUCACGCCCGUAAAGUUUUCAAAUACGCCCUAGCAGCUAACGCCGACGACGACAUUCACGAGACCUACAGAAAGCAGCUGGAAGAAAAAACCACUACCAUCGCAAAGGUGAACGAAAACAUCGGAUUCGAAGUUACAGAAAUCCUUUUCCCCGCUCAAGAGAUCCUGGACUUCUACGCCCAACCUGAGGCUGCAGGCCUUAAGCCUGUCGGCAAGAUGAGAGCGAAGACCUGGAUUAUCCCCACGGCGGCUGGCGAAGACUUAACUGAAGAAGAGGAAGCAGCACUCGCCGCAAAGAUCCCAGAGAUCAAGCGGUACGAGUUCUGGGUCGAAAAGGAGAUCCUGUCACACUGUGUCGUGGGAAUGAAGCUCGAAGCUACAGUCACGGAGCUUAGCUUUGGGGUGUCAUAUUUUGACGCUCUGUCUGGCGUGCAUUGCUCUUUCUACCAACUUUUGCCAAAUGAGUUGAUGGAGGGGUGGAGGGCGCCUGAAAAAGAGUGGCUACCGAUGAGGAAGAAGCCGGGGGGUGCUGAGAACCGUGACGCAGACUUCAAUGAUAUACCAGGCGAGGUCGGUGAGGAGAAUAAGACGCAGGAUGCUGGCACUGCUUCCGGAGAGCAGCUUCCAGAAAACACCGUGCACGGAACGAAUAACGCGGGAGAUGGAUUUCAGAAAAUGAAGGAAGAUACAGGCCAUGCAAACGAAAACGGUGGCAAUCGCAGUACGAAUGGGAACAUCACUGCGGUGCAGAUGGCUGAUGUUGCCAUCGAAGUUCGCGAGACGGGGGAGAAACUCAUACAAGUGCCAUGUAACGCAGAAAAGGUUGUGGAAAAGACCUUUGAUAUCAAAUCGAGAUACGAUGACUGA